UUAAUAAAAUGGAAUACAAGUGAUUGGAUAGUGUAGUGACAGUGAGAAAAAAAGAAGAGAAGAAAAGAGAAGGGUUAGGCUUGAAAGAGGAGAGCAUGGCAGAUAUUCUAAACCUAGGAGCCCCCCAAAGCUUAGGUACGAGGAAACACUCAUGCCGUUCUCAUUCCCAUUUCACAAAGCAUGAUUCCAUCAGCCAAAGCUGGUCUUCUUUGCAGCACAACCUCAAGUGCAGAGGCAGAUUCCUGUGCCUUUUCUCCGAUAACAGAAAACAGGAACAGGCUAGAAAAGCAUUAGAAGGUGCAUUAAGUGGUAAGAAAAAUGAAUUUGACAAGUGGGAUAAGGAAAUUAAAAGAAGAGAAGAGCUGGGAGGUGGGGGUGAUUCCGGUGGAGGUGGUUGGUUUGGGUGGGGUGGACGGUUUGGCUGGUCUAAUGAUGAUAAUUUUUGGCAAGAAGCGAAACAAGCUGGUCUUACUAUACUUGCUCUCGUUCUAGUGUAUCUCCUAGUUGCAAAAGGUGAUUUGUUCCUUGCUAUCAUUCUCAAUCCAUUGCUAUAUACACUUCGGGGAGUGAGAAAUGGGUUUAGUUUCGUAACAUCUAAAGUCUUGAAAAAUACUUCUACCAGCAAUCAGGCUGAUUUUGAUGGACUUUCAAAGAAGAAAUCUUAUCAGCAAACUUCUGCAAAGGAGAAUGUUGUAAGAAAAUGGGGCAGUGACUAUUGAGUCAUUCAUCCCUUAAAGGUUUGGCAUUAACGCCUUGAUACAGUAUGUUAUUUCACACCCUCUUAAUACGUUCAACAUCACGUUUGCUCCAUGCAAAUAUUAGUGCAGCGAUUUUUGUUGUAACACAGAUUGUUUAUUUCCUUCGCACCUAAACAACGGUUAAAUUUUGUUUAACGCUUUCAUGAUCCUGAGAAGUUAGUUAGAAUUGAAAGUGUACUUUUAAAUUUUA